AUGGGCAAUGUGUUGAGUUGUUGUUUUGGACAUGACGAGGAAUCUGACCCGUUGUUGCAGGAACAAAGCGGAUAUGGUUCGCAGGCUCAGCUGGAUUUCAAUGAGAUGGAGCAACGGCAGAAGGAAAGCAUUCGCCAGAGAGAGCGCGAGUUAACCGAAAUUGUAAAUAGCACUAACGACAAAUUGAUAGACAUUGGCAUGAUCAGCAAUAGUGGAAUCGUAGCCUCAUCGCACGACCUUGACUCCGGUUCCAUCAACGGACCAAUUUCACAAUCUCAGUCACGUAACAACAACAUAUCAUCGGCAAAUCCUCCCCUAACCCCAGCAUCAACAUCCAAAAUAACGAAUGAGGUCAAAUGCUCUUUGAAGCAAUUCCACGAGAAGUACUUCGAAACGCUCAAAAAGAACUUUACCAUAACGUAUAACAAACCCCUAGUCACCGAUAUACAAACCUAA